AUGGCUAGCGUUGAAGUAAAAUACGGACAAAUUUCUCGUAAAAUUACCAUUGAUUACACACAAUUUCUUUCUAAUCAAGAAUCGUUUGGUGGAAAUGUGAAAUUUAACGUGUAUACGGCAGAUUAUCCUGAUAAUAACAGUUGGGUUUUAGAAGUUUUAGAAGAUGCAGAAGUAAAGGAGGAAUUUAUCGCCACCUCAAUUGAUGCGAAUACCUCUUUCAAAAAAGAUGAUUAUAUUUUUGAUGAACCUAGUAUGGAUCCAUCUGUUUUGAAAGACAAUAAUUAUGAAAGGCAAGAGGAACUAUUAAUUCCUGUGUUCCCUGCUAACGAACAAAGUCAGAAAAUUCCUUCAAAUAAUGUUGAAAAUCAAUCUUCAACUUCUCUUGAUGAGAACGUUAAUGAAUGA